GUUGGCAGGCAGAGUCCGAGGGUGGUGCCGUACCCAGCCCACAGUCUAUGUCCUGGAGAGCCUGGCCUUCAGAGUGCAGCAGUUGUGUCAAUGGGCUCAGCUGAUCAUCGACUGAACCUAGCAGAGAUCCUUUCACAGAACUAUGGUGUACGGGAAGAAAGGGAAGAUGAUGAUGAUACUCAGGAGAAGCAGAAAUCUUUAGAAGAGCUGGAGAAGAGUUUCAGUGCCUCUCAGAGCAGUGAAAUGCCAUUUGAGGAGCUGCUUGCACUUUAUGGCUAUGAGGCAUCAGAUCCCAUCUCGGAGCAGGACAGUGAGAGCAAUGAUAUUACUCCAAAUCUCCCAGAUAUGACUCUGGAUAAGGAACAAAUAGCGAAGGAUUUGCUUUCAGGGGAAGAAGAGGAGGAGACACAGUCUUCAGCUGAUGAUCUGACUCCAUCCGUCACGUCCCACGAUGCAUCGGACCUAUUCCCAAACCAGCCUGGCUCAAACAACUUCCUUGCUGAUGAAGACAAAGAGCCCUGUUCAUCUCCGUGUGCUUCCUCCAUGGCUGAGGAUUCAGAGGAGGAUUCCAUCCCAUCCAAUGAGUGUAAGAAGGAGAUCAUGGUUGGACCUCAGUACCAAGCCACUGUUCCCAUCCUCCACUUAAACAGGCACGGUGAAAAAGCCUAUGAGAAUGAAGAUCAGCUGCUUUGGGACCCAAACAUACUCCCCGAGAGAGAGGUUGAAGAGUUCCUAUACCGUGCAGUGAAGCGGCGGUGGGACGAGCUGUCUAGCAGCAGCCUGCCAGAAGGAGAGAUGGUGAAGGACAAUGAACAGGCUUUGUACGAACUGGUUAAAUGCAACUUCAAUGCAGAAGAGGCACUGCGGAGGUUACGGUUCAAUGUGAAGGUUAUCAGAGAUGAGCUUUGUGCCUGGAGUGAGGAAGAAUGUAGAAAUUUUGAACAUGGCUUCAGGGUCCAUGGGAAAAACUUUCAUCUUAUCCAAGCAAACAAGGUCCGCACCCGGUCAGUGGGCGAGUGUGUGGAGUAUUACUACAUGUGGAAAAAAUCAGAGCGCUAUGACUACUUCACUCAGCAGACUCGUUUAGGAAGGAAGAAGUACGUCCUCCACCCUGGAGCCACGGAUUACACCGACAAUGACUUGGAUGUGGGUGAAGUAGAAAACACCAGUCGUUCUCGGAGCUCGCCACCAAUUCCCUCUGCAACCAGCUGCCUGGAUUCUCACUUCAGUCAAGAUCAGAUAGCAAUAGAGAGCACAGAGCCCUUGAGCGUGGAGAGCACAGCCUGCAGCCUGGGCAGCAUGAGUGAAUCGGGGCAGGGCUAUGAGUGCAGUACUCCCUCGGAGACAAAUUGUUCCUUCGACCCCACGGAGGAGACAUCCUCAGGCACCAUCUCAGCUUCCUGCACGCGACACACUGUCAACCCCUCAGAAUCGGGGCUCUAUGCUUUGCCGCCGGCAGGACCAGGACUAGCAGAGAAGCAGGAGACAUUGCAGAGCUCUGGUGAGACGAUAACCAUGGACUUCACUCUCCCUGCAGACAUUAACGAGGGUUUGCCUUUAAUUGCUGGCCCUGUGGAUUUGGACAGAGACCCAGAGGGAGUGGUGGCCCCUGCGCAAGUGUCCUUAUCGGUCACAGAUUUUGGCCUCAUUGGCAUCGGAGAUGUAAAUAGCUUUCUGACUGCUCAUCAGGCUUGCCCAGCACCUGUGGCUCGGUCAGAGCCUUUGUCACAGUGA